UAAAAGCCGCGGGUGGCAGUAGCGGGACAGAGCGCUCCCAGCCUGAGAGCCACCAGCUACCAGCAGCACCAGCAGCACCAGCAGCACCAGCAGCACCAGCAGCAGCGAUGCUUUGCCGAAUGCACCUCGCACCAUUCGCCUCCAGCUCCCUGGCCAGCCGGCUGGGCACGGUGAGGACCCUCUGGCCCCACGCAGAGACCAUCUUCACCGAGCUGCAGCAGGAGAUGGAGAAAGCUCGGGAGUUCAUGAGCAGCUUCGAGCAGCUCCUGAGCAGCCAAGGAGCCACCGCCAUGGAGAGAGCCCCGAGCACCAGCACCAGCCCAGCCCUGACCCAGGGCUCCGGCGAGGGCUUCUCCGUCUGCCAGGACGUCAAGAACUUUGCUCCCGAGCAGCUGUCGGUGAAGGUGGUGGGCAGGAAGGUGGUGCUGGUGGGGCAGAAGGAGACGCAGAACGUCGAUGAGAAGGGCUCCUUCUCCUACAAGUACGAGGUGCUGAAGCGGGAGUGGGACGUGCCCGAGGAGGUGGACGCCGAGGCGCUGACGUGCUCCCUGUCCAAGGAGGGGCAGCUCCGCAUCGAGGCCCCCCGGCUGGCCCUGCCGGCCGCCCCCGAGAGGAACGUGCCCAUCCAGGUCAGCCCUGCAGCCCCACAGCCCGGACCAGCCUCCGAGGACGGAGCCACCAACAAAGCCCAGGUGUAAUGGGAGGGGAACCAAUGGCCUGCGGCAGGACCGGAGCAGACAGCAGCAAGUCUCGGGUUUUAGCCCUGACAAGCUCCAUCAUCAAUGAUAUAAUUUUUUUCACUAUACUGGAAUGUUUUUGUAUCCAAUAAAAUACUUUUGCAU